AUGUCAAGAUUUUUAAAGUCAACCUUUGCAAAGUCGGUGUUAGCCGCUGGAGCUGCCGUUGGUGGUACAAUUGUUUAUUUGGAUUUCAUUAAACCAAAAAAUGAACCACACUUGGCUACUUCGUAUGCUCCAUUUAAUAAAGACAUCCCACCCCCACCUUCUCGUGAGUCAUUGGUGAGUAACUUGAAGAAAACUACUCAAUUUGAUGUCUUGGUCAUCGGUGGUGGUGCUGUUGGUACUGGUACAGCCGUUGAUGCUGCCACUCGUGGGAUGAAUGUGUGUCUUUUAGAAAAAACUGAUUUCGGUUCCGGAACUUCUUCUAAAUCAACCAAAAUGGCCCAUGGUGGUGUUCGUUAUUUGGAAAAAGCCAUUUUUCAAUUGUCCAGAGCUCAAUUGGAUUUGGUUAUUGAAGCUUUAAAUGAAAGAGGUAACAUGUUGAGAACUGCUCCUCACUUGUGUUCUGUUUUACCAAUCAUGAUUCCAGUUUACAACUGGUGGCAAGUUCCUUAUUUCUUUGCCGGUUGUAAGAUGUACGAUUGGUUUGCUGGUAAACAAAACUUGCGUUCUUCCACUAUUUUCACCACCGAACAAGCUGCUGCCAUUGCCCCAAUGAUGGAUACUUCUAACUUGAAAGCUGCCUGUGUUUACCAUGAUGGUAGUUUUAAUGAUACCAGAUACAAUGUCUCCUUGGCCACCACUGCUAUUAAGAAUGGUGCUACUGUUUUGAAUUACUUUGAAGUUGAACAAUUGUUGAAAGACGAUAAAGGUAAAUUGUACGGUGUCAGAGCCAAGGAUUUGGAAACCAAUGAAACCUAUGAAAUCAAGGCUACCAGUGUUGUGAAUGCUACCGGUCCAUUUUCUGACAAGAUUUUGGAAAUGGAUGAAGAUCCAAAAGGUUUACCACCAAAAGUCGAACAACCACCAAGAAUGGUUGUGCCAUCCUCCGGUGUCCACAUUGUCUUACCUGAAUACUACUGUCCAACUACUUAUGGUUUGUUAGAUCCUUCUACUUCUGAUGGAAGAGUUAUGUUCUUCUUGCCAUGGCAAAGGUAA